AGAUAUGGCCUCAUCGGUUCUAACGGUUGCGGUAAAUCCACUCUUCUAGCCGUAAUGGCCAAUCGAGAGCUUGCUAUCCCGGAUCACGUGGACAUAUUCCUUUUGCAGCGUGAGAUGCCCCCAAGUGACAAAACCGCUUUGCAGUGCGUCAUGGAAGUGAACACUGAACGUCAGCGCUUGGAGAAAGAAGCUGGCGAACUCGUUUUACGUGAUGACUCGGAAAGUCACGAACGUCUUCUUUCGGUAUAUGAACGAUUAGACCAUUUGGAUGCAGACAAAGCAGAAGCGAAAGCUGCAGUUUUGCUUCACGGCCUUGGAUUCACUAGGGAGAUGCAGCAAAAGCAGGUUAAACAUUUUAGCGGUGGUUGGCGCAUGCGUAUCGCCUUAGCUCGCGCAUUGUUUGUCCGACCAGCUCUGUUGUUGCUGGACGAGCCGACAAACCACUUGGAUUUGAACGCCUGCGUGUGGCUCGAACGUGAAUUGACCAACUAUCCACAUUGUCUUGUCAUUAUCUCCCACUCGCAAGAUUUUCUCAACGGAGUUUGCAACACCAUCAUAUUGAUGCACAAUCGGAAGCUUACCUACUUCAGUGGAAAUUACGAUCAAUACGUUCGCACUCGUUUCGAACUGGAGGAGAACCAGAUGAAGCAGUACAAAUGGGAGCAGGAUCAAAUUGCAUUCAUGAAGAAUUACAUUGCCCGAUUCGGUCAUGGCUCCAAGAAGCUAGCUCGUCAGGCCCAAAGCAAAGAGAAAGUCCUGCAAAAGAUGGUCACCGGCGGUCUGACGGAACGCGUUCAGACUGACAAGACGCUCACUUUCUACUUUCCGGAUCCCGGGACCAUUCCACCACCAGUUAUCCAAGUUCAACAAGUCAGCUUCCGAUACUCCCCUGACAAGCCGUGGAUUUACCAUGAUUUAGAUCUGGCCAUUGAUCUCGAUCGGCGCGUGGCCUUGGUUGGACCCAACGGAGCUGGAAAGUCGACUCUCCUCAAAUUGAUUGCAGCUGAGUUGGAUCCCACAGAUGGAUUAAUACGACGGCAUUCUCAUCUCCGUAUUGGACGUUAUCACCAGCAUCUUCACGAAAUGCUAGACAUCAAUAUGACUGCAGUGGACUGGAUGAUGAAGGCCUACCCGGAAAUUAAGGAAAGAGACGAUAUGCGCAAGCUCCUUGGUCGGUAUGGCCUUACGGGAGCUCAACAGAUUUGUCCUAUUCGCGCACUAUCUGACGGCCAACGGUGCAGAGUUAUCUUCGCGUGGCUCGCCCAGAAGGCUCCUCAUCUUCUUUUGCUGGACGAACCCACUAACCAUUUGGAUAUCGAAACAAUCGACUCUUUGGCCGACGCCAUUAACGACUUUGAAGGUGGUCUGCUCCUAGUCUCACACGACUUCCGGCUUAUUUCUCAGGUUGCGAAAGAGAUCUGGGUAUGUGCGAAUCAGACCAUUACCCCUUGGGAUGGGGAUAUAUUUUCUUACAAGAAACACCUUGCGAAGGCUGUCGAUAAGGAACUGUCUCGUCUCAGCACCGCUCAGGAACGAUGAUUCUCGUUACACACACUAAGAGAAUUUUUUGUCGCUUUCCCUCUAGAGUUUCCUCAAAUACACCGGUAUAUUUCUUACCCAUGAA